AUGAAAGCCACGGAAGCCACGACCGAAAUCCAGGAUGUUUUGGGCAAAGACGCCCUCUCCUACCAUAUGGCGAAGUAUUGGUUCCAGAGGUUCAAAGAAGGGGACUAUGGACUGGAGGACAAACCAAGGUCCGGACGGCCAACUGUGAUCGACGAUGACGCCCUGAAAGCCAUGAUCGAGAGCGAUCCCAAACUGACAUCACGUGAACUUGAAGAGCUCCUUGGUGUUUCCCAUUCCGCCAUUCUGGACCAUCUCCAUCGGUUGGGCAAAGUGUGGAAGUACGGUCAAUACGUUCCCCAUGAACUUUCGGAGUGGCAGCUUAUGGUCCGCGCCAACUGUUGUGCCCAACUUUUGUCGUACCACCGCACAUUGAACUGGGUGACCAAUAUCGUUACUGGAGACGAGAAAUGGGUCAUGUAUGUGAACCAUACCCGCAAGCGUCAGUGGCAUGGACCCGGCCAUCAUGGUGAGCCAACCCCGAAACCCGAACUUCACCCAAAAAGGAUUAUGCUGUGUGUUUGGUGGACUUCUACGGGAGUUAUUUAUUGGGAAUUGCUCCCUGAUGGUCACGCCGUCACCCCAGAAGAGUAUUCGCGGCAGUUGGACCGCGUCGCCGAGAAUGCUAGAGGAAAAAUGGAACAAGUUUUCUUUCUGCACAGCAACACCCGGCCCGAGAUCGCAAAAGUCGUGCGCCAAAAAGUGAUGGAGAAUGGCUGGAGUCUGCUGCCCCAUCCGCAGUAUUCCCCAGAUCUGGCACCCUCUGAUUACCACUUAUUCAAGUCGCUGAGCAGCCAUUUGGGAGCUAUGCGGUUCGAUUGUUUGGAGGACCUCAAAACAGCCCUCUCGGAUUUCUUUGAUUCCAGAGACCCCGGUUUCUACGCUCGUGGAAUUGAAUCCUUGCCGGAACGUUGGCAACGUGUAAUGGAUACCGACGGUGAAUACUAUGUUUGA